AUGCCACGUCCAGACAUUAUGGGGAGGAAGUCAUCCGACACUCUAGAGCAGGAACAUGUCUAUAGUGUUUACGACCAGAUCGCCCCGUGCUUCUCUGAGAUCUCCCAGAAGGCCUGGCCAAAUGUGCGUCGAUUCCUUAAGCGAUUACAACCAGGUUCAUUGGUUGCAGAUAUUGGAUGUGGAAGUGGGCGAUAUCUACACAUCAAUAAAAGUAUUUUUAAAGUUGGUUUAGACAUAUGCUGCCCCCUUGUGGAAUCAGCCAGAACCAAGGGGCAUGAAGUACUGGUAGCAGACAACCUCAAACUGCCCUUUAGAUCAGGUUUAUUUGAUGCUGUGAUAUCAGUUGGUGUCAUCCAUCACUUUGCCACUACGGAACGCAGAAUUGAGGCUAUCCGGGAACUGGCAAGAAUUGUUCGACCAGGAGGACAAAUGAUGCUGUAUGUGUGGGCGUAUGAACAAAAACAUAGGCGGUUUGAUGGACAAGAUGUACUGAUACCAUGGCAUGAGGGACAGAGAACCAGCAAGUCAGCUGAUAAACAUGGGUUGUUGCCGUCCUGUUCAGACAAGGACUUGUCCUCGGUGAGCUCUGUAAGUGAGGAUGAAUCGUCAGCUGAUACUUCAGAUUUCACAUUACCUGGUCGUACGCUCCAGAGGACAGCUUCAGAAACUUUCAAGGACACCCUCAAGGACUCACUCCAGGAAUUGGACAACGUGUUCUUGUCAGAUAAUACUGUUCCAAAGAUCACUGUUCUAAGACAAAGAUCAAAUACACUUCCUAACAUCAUUAAUACUCAAAGAGGCAUGUACCCUUCUGAGAAGAAGGGGAGGACAGUGUUUAGUAAGAGUGUCCUGGCUGAGGAAUGUCGAAGAUUCGAGGCAAGUAUGAAGGCGUUAUCUGUUAGUCAUAACCAUCACUGGUAUGGUGGUGAGGAAAGUCAGGAGGGUCUGGGUAUUGAUGUCACCGGGGAGUACCUGGAGGCAGAUGUUGAAGGAAGUGACAUCACUGAGGAAGAUGAAAACCGCAUCCCAAACGGAUCACAUGACACUUCCUAUAAAUAUUUGACCCAUAAUUCAUCUAUCACUGGUAAAAUGCAGACAAAACAUCAACAGUAUUGUCAAAGUUCAAAAAGUCACAAAUCAAAAAAGGUAGUUAGUAAAUCCAAACUUGCCUCAACAGAAACAUAUCUCUCAUCUGAAUCAGUAGUGGAGCCGAUUCCUGCAUAUCAGUCACAUAUUCAUGUCGCUAAAAAUGUAAAAGUUAAAAGUGUCCAGGAUUUAAAACAUCAAAUCAAAGGACUGAACUCAGGGGUAAAUAAACAGAUUUCAGAACGCAGUAUUAGCAAACCCUCAGUUACUAGUUCAAAAAAGGAUAUCAAAAAAGAAGAUGGAGAGAAGGAAGAAGUGUCAUUUUUCAAUUUAAUAAAAGCCAAAAUAAAAAAGGUUUUUGACACAGAACCACCACCAAAACCUCUAGAAUCCCCUGAUGUGAUUUCCAAGUCCAUGGCCAUUGAAAACUGGCUUCUUCAUUCGUUUGGAGAAGAUGGAACCCUAGGAAGUCUGUCCACAAGCACCAGUCUUGAUGAGUUUGAAGGAUUUGCUGUCCGAGAGUUUCCACAAAGUAGUUGCCCUAGUAACAGGAAUAGUGUGGACAUUACGGACGAUCCAGAUAGAUUAAACAUCAGUGGUCAGAUAAAUAAGACCAAUGGCGUUAUUGCAGUCACUGAUGAUGUCCUUGGGAAUGGUUUACCACAGAAUUCAGUAAAUGGUGACUUAGGAAUGUCUGAUUGGAAACGGGAUGUUUUUCAUAAUGGAGUAAAUGGUCAUUUAUCAACAGAUGACCACAACACUGUAACUCAAACAUCUGAAAAGCUGUUUGUUAGCUCAAGGAGUGAAAAUUCUGUUCAGAACUGUGCACAUAAUAAGAACAGACACUCUAAUGUAGGUUCAAUUAGUCAUAUCAAAUCACAUGAUCAGAGUAGAAGGUCACAUGACUUUACUAUAAACAAUAAAUCAUGUGACCAGUACAGUGCCUUGGGAUCACUAUGCAGGGUAACUGAUCUCGACCUCUCAGGAAACAACAGUCGACCUGAUUUUAUAGGAGAAUUCUGUCAAGGAGAGAAAACGUCAACUGGAAAACACUCAAAAUGGAAUUCAGGUAAAACAGAUGUAUCAAAAACUGGGAUAAAAAGCAAGUCUUUACAAACAUUAAAUGGUUACAGUAAUGGCACAACAGAAUCUUGUCAGCCAAAAUGUUUAUCAACAGGCAAGAAGCAUUCUCAGGAACUGUCUAAUGAAUGUGCGUCCAAACAGUUAUCACGGUACUACCAUGUAUUUAAGGAAGGUGAAUUGAUUGAGCUUAUAACAGAUAAUGUCCAAAGCCUUCGAGUGGUCAGUAACAUGUUUGACCACUCCAACUGGUGUGUAGUUGUGGAGAAAAAAUGA